AUGGAUAGAGACUUCUGUAAGGCAGCAGACAUUAUAAGUGAGUGCAUACGAGAUAAGAAGAACCAGAUCGAGAACCCACUCAAGUUUGCAAGUGAUACUCUGUCGUUGUAUGUUAUAAAUGCAGAAAGUGAGAAUAUCAUAGGAUUCUCAGAGAGUAUUUUCAGAGAUACAAUCGCAGACCUACUCUCUUCAGAGCAAGAGCCAGAGGAAAUCAGUGUGAUGGAGCAACUUCCAGUCUCAUCUCUAGACUACGAAGCGCACAGGCACCGAAAGAGAAGAGGCAGUGUAAGUGCUUCUGGCAAUCCAUAUGCCCCUUUAACUGUGCAUCCUAAGUCAGAGAGUGUUUCUGAAAUGUUGUUGAAUAUUUUAGCAAACACUCGGCUUAUUGCAAGAACAAUGGAUAUGAGCCAGAUGAAAAAACUUGUGUCAACCAUGUUUGUGCAGCAUAUUUCCAAGGGAGAGAGGCUCAUCAUGCAGGGAGAAUAUGGUAAAACCAUGUACUUGGUUGAGAGUGGGGAGUUUCAGAUUUUGCAGGAUGGAAAAUUAAAGGCAACCCUUCGCCAAAACUCUCUAUUUGGAGAGAUUUCUCUUCUGUACAGCUGUCCUCGUACAGCAAGUGUCAUUUGCACAAUAGAUGCAACUGUGUGGGUCGUGACAUCUGAUGCAUAUUCAGCUAUUCUUAUGGUUGACCAGAGAAGAACUAGAGAGCUUGUCUGUUCUAUGCUGGAAAAGAAUAAAAAGUAUAUGAGCCUUCCAAUCGAGGAUAAGAACCGUAUUUUAUACUCUUCCCACUUAAUCAACUACUCAAAAAAUGAAAAAAUAGAAGUUCCUGAAUCUGGAGUGUUUAUGAUCGUGUCAAAGGAUGCGCCAGAGUCAGCAGAAGAAGAAAAUGGUUUCUUAACUAUAGAACAUAUCUCAGAAAAUCUGGAGAGAGGCUCCAUCAUAUACAAUGGCACAAUAUGCGACUCAAAUAUGUUGGUUUUAUUUGUUCCUGAUAUGAUAUAUUCUAUGAUAAAUGAAAAUACUGCUUAAUUUGCAGUUUGUGUAGUUUGGAUAAGUCUCAUAUAUGAAUAUAUGACCAUAUUAAUAGUUUAAUAAAUUUAUCUUUUCA